AUGGAGAACAAAGCCAUGUACCUGCACACCGUGAGCGACCGGGACACCAGUUCCAUCUUUGAGGAGCCCUUUGAUGGCAGGAGCCUGUCUAAGCUGAACCUAUGCGAGGAUGGUCCAUGCCACAAACGACGAGCAGGAGGCUGCUGCACUCAGCUGGGCUCCCUGUCAGCCCUGAAGCAUGCUGUCCUUGGGCUCUACCUUCUGGUCUUCCUGAUUCUUGUGGGCAUCUUCAUCUUAGCAGUGUCCAGGCCCCGGAGCUCCCCGGACGACCUGAAGGCGCUGACUCGGAACGUGAACCGGCUGAAUGAGAGCUUGCGGGACUUGCAGCUGCGGCUGCUGCAGGCUGCGCGGCAGGCGGACCCGACCGAGCAGGUGUGGAAGGUGCAGGACGCGUUGCAGAACCAGUCGGACUCGCUGCUGGCGCUGGCGGGCGCCGUGCAGCGGCUGGAGGGCGCGCUGUGGGGGCUGCAGGCGCAGGCGGCGCAGACGGAGCAGGCGGUGGCCCUGCUGCGGGACCGCGCGGGCCAGCAGAGCGACGCGGCGCAGCUGGAGCUCUACCAGCUGCAGGUGGAGAGCAACCACAGCCAGCUGCUGCUGCGGCGCCACGCGGGCCUGCUCGACGGGCUGGCGCGCAGGGUGGGCGUCCUGGGCGAGGAGCUGGCCGACGUGGGCGGCGCGCUGCGCGGCCUCAACCACAGCCUGUCCUACGACGUGGCCCUGCACAGCACGCGGCUGCAGGACCUGCAGGUGCUGCUGAGCAACGCCAGCGAGGACACGCGCCGCCUGCGGCUGGUGCACAGGGGCAUGGAGCUGCAGCUGCAGCAGGAGCUGACCGUGCUCCGCACAGUCACCGAGGACCUGCGCCUCAAGGACUGGGAGCAUUCCAUCGCGCUGAGGAACAUCUCCCUCGCCAAAGGACCACCGGGCCCCAAAGGUGAUCCGGGAGAUGAAGGGAAGGAAGGCGAGCCUGGGAUCCCUGGAUUACCUGGACUUCGAGGGCUGCCAGGAGAGAGAGGCACCCCAGGACUGCCAGGCCCCAAGGGCGAUGAUGGGAAGAUGGGAGCCACAGGACCCAUGGGCAUGCGCGGGUUCAAAGGUGACCGAGGCCCAAAAGGAGAGAAAGGAGACAAAGGGGACCGAGCGGGGGAUGCCGCAGGUGGCAUGGAGGCCGUGAUGAUCCGGCUGGUGAAUGGCUCGGGGCCGCACGAAGGUCGCGUGGAGGUGUACCACGAGCGGCGCUGGGGCACCGUGUGUGACGACGGCUGGGACAAGAAGGACGGCGACGUGGUGUGCCGCAUGCUGGGCUUCCGCGGCGUGGAGGAGGUGUACCGGACAGCGCGGUUUGGGCAAGGCACAGGGAGGAUUUGGAUGGAUGAUGUCGCCUGCAAGGGUACAGAAGAUUCCAUCUUCCGCUGCAGCUUCUCCAAAUGGGGGGUGACAAACUGCGGGCACGCUGAGGAUGCUGGGGUGACGUGCAACAGACACUGAAAGUGGGCAUGGUCCAGGGUCCGGGGCCCUGCUGCCGAGCCUCCUUCCUGCACUCCUGGGGUGCGGGCAUCACCUCUGCCCUGCCCAGCCCGGCAUCCCCCGGCCCACAUAUCCCUGUCCCAGGACCAUGGUGGCCUGUCGUCAUUCUCCUCUUGGGCAUCAGCUCCAAAGUGCAACUCUGGGAUCUACUGGAUCAUCAUUUUGCCCAGCCUUCCAAGCAAGCACUGUGCAUCAGGACUCAAUACCCAUGCUCACCUUCGGUCUGUCGGUUAAAUGCUGAGAGUCUGCUGGAGAGAAAUGCAGCAGGUGGGGUUGGGAGGGAGGCCCGACAGGCCAUUUGCUCUUCAGAGAAUUCCCUUAGUUAGGCCAAGAGUUUUGACAUCUUCCUUCCCAGCAAGAGACUAUACCAAAUGAUUUCGCUCUUCCCUCUUUACUCUGCCUCUGUACACCAUUCCUUAGUUCAGGGAAGUGACAUAGAGAACGGGCCCCCGGUAGGAGUGAGAGGGAAAUGCACGGCCCCUGCAAGAGAGAGCCUGGCUUUGGAGAAGGGCAGUGAAACUGACAUCCAUAGAGUGACUACCCUGUGUACUACAUAGUAUCUUGGGUGCUAAAUUCAUUUAUCCACUUUGCAGCAUUCCCCCAAGGCUUGUUAGCUGGGGUAAGACCUUACCUCUAGGUAGCACUCAGCUGACCUGUUCACCUGGCACUGAGAAUGACAGUAACCAUUGUUUCUACCUGAAUCCUAGCGUGUCUUUACUAGGCUUGAGCAGGGAGCUCGGGUGCAAGGCAUGUGGGACUACAGGGUUCCAUACUCCAAACCUACAGGAUAUAAGAUCAGACACGGACUGGCUUCCAGGCCAACCACCCACCUAGGAGGAAAGCUGAUUUGAAGGGUGACAUGGGGGCUGUCUGGGUUAAACCGAGACCAACACUUAGUCAUCUGGCAAUCAGGGUCAAGGCCAAGUUACUUGUGUCUUGGAGCUGUUUGGAGAUGAUGAUAUUGAAAUUUCCAGGACUCUUUGGGUGUGCUCCUGUGAUCAGAACACGUGUCCUGAUGGAUCCUGUAGGGAAAUGAGGAUUCCCUAUAACCUCUGGCAGAAGAAGGAGCCAUGGGGCUCUGCCAGUCCUUAGUCUGCACCCCUCUCCUAGUGACAGGGAGAUCAUAUUCUGCUUUUGACAUGAGGAGGAGGUCAAACCAGGCCAUAUACGUCGUGUUCUAGGACUAGGGAAGCUGCAUGGUAGUAAGUGAGCACAGACUCACCUCCCUUGGGGAGUCAUAGACUGAGUCAGGCCUUGGAUACACAAAUACCUGUCACAUGGGGUGAGCAUCAGCUUGACUGGGGAAAGUGACCCCUGGGACCAUCCAGGUAUAGGACCAGCAGAGUUCCUGGCUGACAACUAAACCAAUAUGUGCUAUUGGUGGUUUUUUGCUUACAAUAUGCUUAUUAUCCAUUAAUGUCCUAAUGAUCAGAGACUCUCCUGAUCAAUUGCUAUGUUUACAUUACACGCAUGUACUCAUGCAUCUUUUUCCAGAACCAGUAUAUUAUGCAUAUAUAAACAUGGCACUCUUCACUACAUAGCUCAGAGCAUUGCAAAGUUGACAUUAAAAAAAGAAAAUACCGAAGGUGGAAAGAUGUCACAUUGAACGAAAUAAAUUCCAAGUCAGUUCUGGCAAAGAAUCCAGUUAUCCCAUUGAUGAAGACCCACAUAACUUUCCUACUUGGUCUUUUCAUUUGGGGAAACACAAGUCUUGUUUUACAUCAAAUAAAAAAUCACAAUGAUAAGUGUUUGAACCUUAAUCGAAAAGUCUACUAGUUUACAUAUUUACUUAAGAGGACAUGGAAAUAACCAUGGACCUGGAUUUCAGGGACUAAAGGAAAUUAGGCCUGGCCUACAAUACAUCAGACCUUUUGUAAGAAAGAAUUUCAAUAAAGCUAAGAACAUGUCACUAACAAGUUUUACAUCACUCUCUUUCUCCUGAAAUUCUGGCAUGCGUGGGAAGGACUGGUAAAAACUGGAUGGUCUGAUUAUUUCUCACUGGGGAUUGGUAGAACGGGCAGCUUAUGAUACCAGUGUUCUCCUCAGUGAGCAGAAGGGUAUGAUACCAGUGUUCUCCUCAGAGCAGUGAGCUGGUAGGCAACAGAAGGCUCUGUUGCCUACCAGGGCUCCAGUCACCGGGAGCUCGUUCUAGGUCUGAGGGAAAGACCUCUCCUGUGACUGACAGAUUCAGAUCGGUUUUAAAAGACACAGUGAAAUCUCCUUCCUCUCUGAGGAAACUCACGCUCUACCCACAGGAGAAUGGUUGUGACAAAGUUCUUCCCUUCCUUCACAUGCCUGUUCAUUGAGUAAGUGUUUACUGAGUGUCUACCAUGCGCGAGGCCCUGUCCCAGGGACAGGAGACACAGUGGUAGACCAGACCCACUUGGUUCCUGCCCUCAUGGAGCUUACAUUCUAACUUUUAUCCUUUUAACAGGCUCUUGGCAUGACAUUAACCACACGAGAAUAAUCACGUCCCGCAACAAGAAGUGUACAGGUGAAAAGGACGGUGGUUGUUGCCAAGCUAUUUACGCAAAACACAAAUAGCUCCAUUGUUUAACAAAUCAUCUUUCUUGCUAGUGAGAGAACAAUAGCACAGGCGGUGCUGGUUAUACAAGUAACUAUCAAUAGGAAAUGGGGAUGACUAACCGGUAAACAGACAUGUCUGUUUGCUCAAAAUAGUAGUAGGUAAGCAGAGGUCAUAUGACAGAAACCACAGCUAACAUCCCUGGAGUAUUUACCCCCCAUGGGACAGGCUCUUGGGGCUUUACAAGAAUGAACUCGCUGAAUUUUGGUAAGCCCUGGUUCUGUUCUAAUCAUCCCAACUCUCUGGGGGUGGAGGGGAGAUUGAGGUCCUGGGAGGAUCACCCGGUGGAGAAGUGAGGAUCUGAAUCCAAGAAAUCUUAAACACAACACCAUAAGUAACACAAGGAGCCGUGGUACUAGAAUUUGAAGAGGUUAAUCUGACGAAGGGGGAAAUGGAGAUCGUAGAUCAGUUAUGAAUACACAAUUUUUCAGCCCUUGAGUCCUGUUACCCUGUUUACUGAAAUAAACAGUUCUGUAUUCGGUUACCUACACUGAAAUGAUCCUGAUGCACCACCUAUAGAGGGAAUCCAUGGCAAGCCCUUUAACAAAGACCAACCCACACAGAACAAUCACAGACUCCCUCUGACGCCCAAUGGACUCUCUCAAGAGGCUGGAGACUCCUCCUUCCUGGUUGAUUCUGGAAGAUCUCAACUUUUCAGAUAUUUAAAGGAGUCAGGCAAGGGUGAAGUUAUGGAGCUCCUAGGCUCUGUUCUCCUGCUACAUCAUAAAAGGAGUCCAUCUGUGAUCCAAAAUACUUUGGGUGUCUUUCUUUCUCUUCCUAUUUUACUCAGCACCUUUGGUCUUUCUGAAAUGAUUCCUAAAAUCUUCCCUUGUAGCAAAGGAUUUCAACCCAAGUCACUUUCGAGUACCGUUUCUUCCUUCUUUAAAAUCAUUUGACGUAUUUAUUUAUUCUUGUGUCACAAAUCAGACUGAAGAGGAAGUUGUUUGACAUUUGGAGCUCUAUAACUAUGCAAAGAAUAAUGUCAGGCAGGUCCCACCACAGCACACGCUAAUCAUAGCAAAUGGGGUAACAUUUCCCAAAUCAAGAUUAAGAGCCAUUUACUAUUUAUGCUGAACAGAUUUCCUGAGCUAUCCGGUUCCAAUCAGACAAAUAUCUUAUUCCUUCCAUGUGUUUCUGAGACAUAGUGACACGUGAGCAUAGAAAACUAGAAAGUUAAGAAAUCUUUCUUAAAGGACAAUCUCUUGAGAUCCUUUGAAGGUAGCUUAUUCCUGGGCAGUAUAAGGCAAAGGGCAGGUGGGAUGUCUCCCCAUUUACAGAGAAAGGUGUAUGUCAGAAGAGAGUGGGGUCAGACUAGAACAUGAGCUUAAAUUGUGGGGGGAAAGGGCGCCUGGGUGGCUCAGUUAAGCGUCUGCCUUCGGCUCAGGUCAUGAUCUCAGGGUCCCGGGAUCGAGCCCCGCAUCAGGCUCCCUGCUCAGCGGGAAGCCUCCUUCUCCCUCUGCCCCUCCCCCUGCUCAUGCUCUCUCUCUCUCUCAAAUAAAUAAAUAAAUAAAAUCUUUUUAAAAAAUGGUAAGGGAUAAAGGUGAUUUACACUAGGAAACUGAGGACAGGAUUUGGGUUUGUUGGAAACCAAUGAAACAAACUUUUCUGGAGCUUUUUAUGAGGAAUUAAGAGUUUCAAGUUGGGAGCCAAAAACUUCAGAUUCUGUGAUAUAAACAAAUCUCUAGAAAGACAAUUAGAAUCAGGGCUCUUAGUAUAAAUAGUGGGAGUCCCUCUCCUACAGUCAACUUCUUAUCUACCAUUCCAGGCAGUAAUAUCUUCUGAGGGCAAGAUUCCUCAUGUAAGAAACCGGAUGUUUGAGUAAGUCAUUUGGUGAUUGUUCCAUAUACUUAGCGGACCAAUCUCCGUGGACACUGUACCUUCGUUUAGGGUCGUCUCCCAUCAGAUGCCUUAGUACGGGCUUUCAUUGGAACAACACUGGCAAUAUAAAAUCCAGAGCCAUUAACUUUCUACUCAUUCCAGUAAAUGUCAAACCAGUAGUCUUUAUUAAAACAGUUACAUAUAAUAUUUGCUCAUUUUACUAAAAUGAGGACCGUAACAAGCAACACUGGAUCAACUGUCCAGUCAAGUACGUACUUCCCUCUGUGUGGUGUAAUGCCCAUUCAGACUCUAACCUUUUACAAAGAUUCCAUCGUAAUUCCUUGCUUCUUUUAGAGUCCAAAGCCCUGAACCUGUGGUCCUGGGAUAUCAGACCGGCUUGACAUCCAAAGUUCUUGGUACUUGGCAGUGGCCAAUCUGAACAUGUGUGUCAAUGAUUAAGUUCAUUGUCUCUCAGCUCCAGACACAUCCUAACACUCCACUUGGCGAUCCUUUGUGAUACUCUGCAAACUGUACUUGUACUUUGCGGGCUCCCUGUGGCUUUCUUCAGGUGGGCAGCACCAGGGGGAGGCUGCGAGGACAGAGAAGGCUUGAUCCUGUCCGCACCUCUCUGCCGCUCCAGGGCGAAAGCUGUUCCCUCCGUGAGCUUUUCUUGUUUGCUUGAGGUUUCUGUAAGCAUCACCCCAGCAAGACAUCUCCUGGUAACAUCUGAGGUGCCUUCCAGAAGCAUCAGCUGGAUCCAGACUAGAGUUUUCCCAACACUUGUAGAACGAGCCUCGUCACGCCCUCAUGGAGAUAUCAGCACCGACCACUGGUAUCCCGCCCAGGGCUCUGCGCCACAGCUCCGUGGCACCCUUCGCUACAGGCUCUCCCUUAGUUCCCCUGGUUCUCCCAGCUACAAGGGAUGGUGGUUGCUUCCUACAGUUGCUACCACUGUGGUCUCAUCGAAUUCCCCUUUUGCACUUUCAGUUUUCUGGUUAACAGCUUUUUAUGUUGAAUGUUCUCUCAAAUAACUGGUAUGGCUUUGCCCUCUGGCUGGACCCCGAUUGCUACAGCAAUUAAAGCUUUAAAAAAAUCAUUGCCAAUGACGCCCUCCUUUCAAGAUAGCCACUGAAAGCCACCAUUUCUUCUAGGCCAAGGCACAUUUUUAAGCACUUAAACAAUUAAGUAAAAAAACCCCAAGAGUUUGAAAAGCCUCAAUAAGUAAAAUUGGCUCUCCCCUCAUUUGGACUCAAAGAAGUGGAAUGAAAAUGCAGGAAGAACUUACAACUUGCAAGGUAAUCUCCCUGUGUCAGUGGCCUUCAAACAGUUCUGUAGGUUAGUUUAUAUUAUGCCUAAUUUAUAUUAAGAAGCCUAGUUUAUAUUAAGAAACUGAAUGACGGCCUACUUUUAAGUCUCUUAAUUUAUACAAUAGCUGAAAAUAACACAUCCAGAUACUUACUGAACCUUUCCCUUAAGACAGGCACUCUGCCAGGUUCUGGAGACACAAAAGUUAAAAAGACAGUCUGUUCCAGCCAGGUCUCAAAUAAUUGCAAAAAAGAGACCCACUUUAACUGGCUCAUCUAAAGAGUUGCCUGCAAGCCAUUCACUACUUGGUCUAAUCAGCUAAGAGAGCAUAGUCACAUGGUACAGACUCCUCUACCCUUGUGUUAGGGUUUUUGGAAAACUCGGAUGAAAGUUAGAUGAAAACUGAAGUGAAAUUAGAGAUAAUUUUUCAAUGCCAAAAAAAUGCAUCAAGAACUUGAAUAGUGCAAUGAUCUCUAAAGAAAUAGAAUCUGCAGAUGGUUUAAUAGGUAAGCUCUAACAAACAUUCAAACAACAGAGCUUUGCAAGUCUUAUACAAGUACUUCCAGAAAAGGGAAAAAGAGAGAACACUCCCUCAACUCACUUGAUGAAACUUGGACAACCUUCACGACAAAAACAAGACAAAAAUGUAUGAAAAAGGAACAAUCAUAGGCCAAUCUCACCCAUCAACAUAGACGCAGAUAUCCUUAACAGCACACUCGCAAACAGAAUCCAGCAGAAUGUAAAAAGCAGUCUACAUCAUGCCAAGUUGGAUUUAUCCUAGGAAUGCAAACUUGGUUUAACCUUAGACAGUCUAUUAAUGUAACAAUCUAUUAAUGUAAUCAUCACAUCAACAGAUUAAAGGAGAAAACGUGUAUGGUUAUCUCGAUCAAUGAUAGAAAAUUCAACAUUUGUUAAUAAUAAGAACUCUUUGCAAGUAAGGAUAGAUGGGAACUUCUCCUAAAGGUAUUCAUCAAAAGCCUGUAACAUGCAUACUUAGAUGUAAAUAUUGGCAACUUUCCUUUUAAACAUCAAAAACAAGGUAAAAAGGUCAGCUAUCUCUGCGAACUUCAGCAACGCGACAGACAUCUUAGCACUGUAAGAAAGGAAAAAGAAAUAAAAAGUGUGAGGACUCAAAAGAAAGAAACAAAGCUAAGUAUUUGCAGAUGAUAUGAUCUUAUACAUAGAAAACCCAGACUGUGGACGAACUAUUAGAAUUAAUAUGGGGGUUAAAGGGAGACAAAAAGCGAGGUAAACAUGCAGUCCUUCAUUCUGAUGUCUGCUCACUUUCAGUGCUCACCUAUAUACCUAAUUCUGAAAUUUUAUUUGUUUAUUUUUUUUUAAAGAUUGUAUUUAUUUAUUUGACAGAGAGAGACACAGUGAGAGAGGGAACACACGCAGGGGGAGUGAGAAG